UUAAAUAUAAACACGAGUAGCAGAAGCCGCAAUUCAUUUUGAUUAAACUGUGUUCCGUCCUACUGGUCAUCGAUGAAUAAUAUAUUAUCAGUUAAUUAUUAAUCCAGAGCUAGAGGUCAUUUGAUAAACCUUGUCUUGUACGUUUGUAAGCGAAAUCGAUCAAUAACGUCCAUAAGCAGGUUAAGAAUGACCAAAUCACUUGCUAUUUUUUGUAUGAUCCUAAUUGUUGCAAAUGCGCAGCUUUUCAGAGUUCCAUUGCAUAAAAUUAAAUCUGCAAGACGAACAUUACAGGAGGUUGGAACAAAAGUGCAACAACUUAAGUUACGCUAUGGGGGACCAUCACCGGAGCCCUUGUCGAAUUAUUUAGACGCCCAAUAUUAUGGCCCUAUUACAAUUGGUAAUCCUCCACAAAGCUUCAAAGUUGUUUUUGACACUGGUUCUUCAAAUUUAUGGGUGCCUUCUAAGAAUUGUCAUUAUACAAAUAUUGCCUGCUUACUUCAUAACAAAUAUGACUCCAAAAAAUCGAAUACAUACAAGAAAAAUGGCACAGAUUUUGCAAUUCGAUAUGGAUCUGGUAGUCUAAGUGGAUAUUUGUCAACAGACAAUGUAAAUGUAGGCGCAUUGAACGUAAAAAGCCAGACGUUCGCGGAAGCUAUAAGUGAGCCCGGUUUGGCUUUCGUUGCGGCCAAAUUCGAUGGAAUAUUAGGCCUGGCAUAUGACACCAUUUCUGUUGAUGGUGUAACUCCAGUUUUCUACAACAUGGUCGAUCAGAAACUUAUAAAUAAUUCAGUGUUUUCGUUCUAUUUAGACAGGGAUCCCACAGCGACCACGGGAGGCGAAAUCAUCUUCGGAGGUUCCGACCCAAAUUAUUAUAAAGGUGAAUUCACGUAUUUGUCGGUUGAUAAAAAAGCUUAUUGGCAAUUUAAAAUGGACGGCAUUAAAUUGGCUUCGCAAACGUUUUGUGCGAAUGGCUGCGAAGCUAUAGCCGAUACGGGAACGAGUUUGAUUGCGGGUCCCGUCUCGGAGGUCGAGAAUAUUGGUAAAGCCCUCGGGGGUACUCCAAUAGUCGGUGGAGAAUACAUUGUGGAUUGCGAACGUAUUCCAUUGCUCCCCACCAUCUCGUUUGUUUUCAAUGGAAAAUCGUUCCCGAUUGAAGGCAAGGACUAUGUUCUUAGGAUUAAUCAACUAGGAAAAACAGUGUGCCUGUUAGGAUUUAUGGGAAUCGAUAUACCUCCACCAAACGGUCCCCUAUGGAUCUUGGGAGAUGUUUUCAUAGGCAGAUACUAUACCGAGUUUGAUUUGGGCAACAAUAGGGUUGGUUUUGCAGAUACCGUUUAAAUAAACCAAAGAAUACGUGAAAUGAAUAAUCAAUAUAUGUUAUUAUAAUAGGUACUUGUUAUUAAUGUAAUCCAUGACUUAUUUUUAGGGGAUUGAAUUUUAAUUUCGUAGUUUGAAUUAGUGGCAAGCAAUAAAACCCGUUACACUUUA